AUGAUUGUGAAGGGGUUAGGGCCUCGAUCUCCUCUCAAUAGAAGAUUGUUCAGUCAAUUGCAAGUUCAUUGUGUACGAUCCUUAUCGACAAGCUUGUUCAGACCAUCGGAAGCUCAAGACCCUCAAGGCUACCAAAUUACUAAAUCCAAGCAAGAGAAAACCAAUCAGACACCAGACGACUCCUCGAACAAAGACAACAAGUCACCUAAGCCCAAAACUGUCUCCGAAGCCGACGCCGAGCUUCGUGAGCGGCUGGAACAUAUGUCUGGAGAAGGUGGGGCCUCUGGAAUUGAAUACGAAGACGGUAAACCGAAUGCAAUGAAGCGCGGCGUGCGAAACAACAUGUUUCGAAUAAUCUGA